GCUUCGAAAGGUGAAACAUUACUGAAAAUGGCAUCAAUUAAAAGUCUGAAUUUCAUAGCCAUCGUUUUAGCACUGGCCAUAGUCACCGUAAACUCAUCAUCGAUCGACACCGAAGAGUUGAAAGUGAAUCAAGUCAAAGCUGAGCAAAAUAACCUUAUUGUCGGAGAGCUUAAAACCAACGACCUGCUAGAUUAUCAGGAAAACAUUUCCGUGCAACCUAGCUGGUUUAGCAGAAGACUCAUUUUAGAGAAGACAUUCUAUGCCACCGAAGGUUACACCAUCUCUCAAGUUCGAGCUUUGGACCAAGCAACUGAUGGCAAUGGUGGUUACGCAGUCAUUACCGCUGGUGGGCCAGGAGAGAAAAGUGUUACGUUGAGGUUCAGAAACCACUGGUGCCACAGUAUUGAUUUCGUGGUUCAACUUUAUGCCGGAUCAAAAUAAGAAUUCGUAUCGUAACAAUAAAUUUUUAAUGAUAAGUUAUUUGUUUGUACUCCUACGUGUAGUAUUUCAUGUUAUAUUUUCAAAAUAAAAUCAGUUGU